AUGGCGGCCGUCACCACUGGAAACUCCGCCAUCUCCCGCCCCGAUUCGCCCGCUUCACUCGACGGAUCCUUCAAAUCGAUCGACUCCCAGCACGCGAUCAAUGACACGCCCGCGAGCAGCGCAACGAACACGACCGUGGGGGCAGCAGAGGAGGAAUGGACGGCGCCGAAGGAUGGCCCGCUGAAGACACCGAUCCCCAGACCAUCGGCCUUGACGAAGCCCACGCCUCAGCCAGUCCUCACCGCUGAGCAGGAAACAAAGUACAUUUCCGUCCUCGCCGAUGUCUCGACAUGGACCACCGUUCCAGCGUCCACGGCGAAGAAUGCACCCCUAGAACCACUGCAGGAUCACGAGAAGAUGUUCCUCACCCGCGAAUGCCUCCUCCGCUACCUACGCGCCACCAAGUGGUCGGUACCGAAUGCCCUGAAACGUCUGCAAAGUACUCUAUCAUGGCGAAGGGAAUACGGCGCCGACACCUUCACACACGACUACAUUUCGCCUGAAAAUGAGACGGGCAAACAGGUGGUGCUGGGCUACGACAAUGAGCAGCGGCCAUGUCUAUACCUGCUGCCCGGCAAUCAGAACACCAAGAUGAGCGAUCGUCAGAUCCACCAUCUAUGCUACAUGCUGGACCGCACAAUCGACAUGAUGCCCCCUGGCGUCGAGACUUCGGCCCUGAUUAUCAAUUUCGCGGGAUCCAAAGCAGGAACGGUGCCCACUGUUGGCCAGGCACGUGCUGUGCUGAAUAUUCUUCAAAACCACAACCCUGAGCGUUUGGGCAAGGCUUUGAUCCUCGAGACGCCGUGGUAUGUCAACACCUUCUUCAAGCUGAUUUCGAGCUUCAUCGAUCCUGUCACGCGGGAGAAGAUGAAGUUCAACGAGAAUUCGAACAAGUUUGUGCCCAAGGAGCAGUUGUGGAAAAAACUUGGUGGGGAGUGUGACUUUCAAUAUGACCACGAUGUCUACUGGCCGGCUUUUGGCAAGAUGGCGAGUGCGAAGAGGGAGGCUUACAAGAGUCGAUGGGAGAGCGGUGGAAAGAGGCUGGGCGAGUCCGAGGAGUAUCUCCGAGGAGGACAGGCAAAGAGUCUGCAGGAGGUUGAGAAGGAGAGGGAGUCGACCGCCGGUGCUGCUGAUGCGGUUGCGGAUGAUGUUGCAAAGUUGAGCGUUUAG